GUCCGCAUCUGCCCGAGCGCUCGUCGCUGCCGCCGCCGCUCCGCCGUUGUCGAUCUAUAAACGAAAUGGCAUUCGGCUUUGGAUAUUCGCCCAAGGGCAGCAAUGUCAAGCCACCACCAACGCCCAAGUGCCCAGAACUCACUGUGGAACAGACGCAACAACUCAAGGCCGUGGCCCACAUGACGUGCACAGACUUGGUGUACGCGUCACGACUGCUCCGGAACAACAAGCACGGUGUGCAAUGGACCGAGAUGGAGUCAAUGGACCCACGUUUGCAGUUUUACACGGGAAAACUGCAGCAUAACCCAGUGUCGACACAUGAUGUGCGGUUCAUGUGCUGCGUGACAACUGUGUUCGCUCCAUUAGACGACGUGAUCGAUGUCUUACAUGGAAGCACUCGCGGGUCUGUCCUCGCGAGCGACAUCAAGACAAAUUUGAACAGUGACGUGUUGGUGAAAUCCACCCUCAAAACAUUCAAGUACAUCGACCGCCUUAAGAUUCGCCUUCAGUGGAUGGUGCUCAAAUCUGCAUCCCCCUACAUCCCCAUGCGAGACUUUGUCUACCUCGAGUGCCAGAACACCAUUCGAGUUGGCGGUCGUGCCGGGUGGGCAUCGAACAUGCACUCGAUUGCGCUGCCCGACUUCCCCGCCUUCGCCGAGUCGCACAACAUCAUUCGCGGCAGUUUCUACCGAACAGGUUACGUCGUUACGGAGACAACGACACCAGGAGAGCUUCGCGUGAUUCAUAUGAUGCAAGCGGGUUUCAAGGGCACCGGGAUGCCCGUCCAAGUGUCCGAUACAAUCAUGCAAGGCCGCGUGAGCAACAUCGUGUACCUCCACGAGUACUUUCGGAAGCUCGAGCUGAUUGAUCGCAUGGUGGCUGUGUCUGAUGGGAGUGGGGGCAAGCUGUCCUCCAACAACGCCAAGCACUGCGCGCAUUGCUGCAAAAAGUUUUCACUCCUCGGCAAGAAGCACGCGUGCCGCUUGUGUGGCGCGGUUGUGUGUUCAGCGUGUUCCCAUACACUAGACUUUGAACUACAUGUCCCUGGCUUUAAAGACAUUCGCGUGUGCUCCAUCUGCAAUGUCGGCGACAACGAUCUCAUGCAAUCCAUUCUCACGGAAGUCCUCAUGCUGCCUGGGACCGAGUCAAAGGAUCGGCCGCCGUCAAUGCAAAACCCACCGCCGCUUCGCCGCGUUGGGGCGACCCCUCGGGACUCAGAUAUCCUUGGAGACGCCACUUCUGUGUCGCCUCGAUCCGGCAGCAGUUUCAAACGAAGGCAACCACCCCCUCCGACGCCGCCGAUGCGUUUUAGCAGCACCAUCGGAUUCCGCUCGACGUCAACGUCAAUCAUCCACGAAGAAGAUGAAGAUGUUGAGCCGUUGCCAUUGCCCCGCAUUCCCCAUCUCGACGGUCCCAGGCAAUCCAACGGCAACAGUGCUUCGAACCCCCGAGGGCCGUCGCUGACCAAGGACUGGCUCGGCCGUGACAUCUCGAACUCCAACUUGCCGUCACCCAGCCACGACGUGUUGCUUGCCCCCCGUGGCGACGCCCCAGGUUUGGACUGGCUCGACCCCCUGGACUCGUUCCGAAGCUCCGUCGCCAGUGGCUUGCAUGCCACCCUCCACUCGCAGUGUGCCAGAUCCACGGACGAUUUGCUCCGAGAGUCGUUAGAGACCCGCGAAGUCUGAUGUAAAUUCUUUAUUGUGCGUGCUGAGUCGCCUUGCAUGUGGAUGCC